UGUAUCCACCUUAAAUAGGAGCCAAACGUAGCGCGGCCGCUGCGAACGUGUCGUUCAGCACCAUAAGGAGACUGCUAGCAUCGCCGGGGAGAGUUCUGCUGGAUCUCGGCUCCGUCAGCCCGAGCGCACCGGUAUAUUCCUACAGUCGACUGUUUCCAGAAUUCAGCUUCAUGGAGAGCACCAAUCAUGGGAUCACUGGGAAUUCCCUGCAGCCUGUUGCUGACACAUUUAAGGCCUCAGACCUUGACAUCGAAAUGGCUAAAACUUUAGCAGAGAAACCAGAUGUUAACCACCUGGCUUUUGGCACGGUGUUCACUGAUCACAUGCUUGUGAUUCACUGGACAUUAUCUGGAGGCUGGGAGAGACCACGGAUUCAACCCAUGCAGAACUUCUCGCUGCACCCUGCGUUAUCGGCCCUCCAGUAUUCCGUGCAGGUGUUUGAAGGUCUGAAGGCAUUCCGAGGGGUGGACAACAAGAUUCGGCUUUUCCGACCCAUGAUGAACAUGGACCGGAUGCUGAAAUCAGCCGUUAGGGCUGCUCUUCCGACUUUUGAUCAGACUGAGCUGUUGGAAUGCAUCAAAAAGCUGGUGGAGCUGGAAAAAGAAUGGGUACCUUACACCAAGGAUGGAAGCCUCUAUAUUCGCCCAACUUUUAUCGGGACCGAGGAGCACCUUGGCGUGAAGGUGCCGACGAAAGCAUUGCUCUACGUGAUUCUGUGUCCGGUUGCCUCUUACUUCAGCACAGGAAAGAUCAACGAUGUGUCCCUGUGGGCAAACCCCAAGUAUGUUCGAGCCUGGAAAGGAGGGACGGGCGACUGCAAACUCGGAGGAAAUUAUGGAUGUUCACUUUAUGCACAGUCAGAAGCCGCGAAAGUAGGUUGUCAGCAGGUGUUGUGGCUGUAUGACGAUGAUGAGAAGAUAACUGAAGCAGGAACAAUGAAUCUCUUUCUUUAUUGGAUAAACGAGCAUGGAGAGGAAGAACUUGCGACACCUCCACUGGAUGGCAUCAUAUUGCCUGGAGUCAUAAGGCAAAGCAUUCUGGAUUUAACUCGCAAGUGGAAUAAGUUCAAAGUUGCGGACCGUUUGUUAACGAUGGAGCAGCUUAUCAAAGGUGUGAAUGAAGGCCGAGUCAAGGAAAUGUUUGGAACAGGAACAGCUUGCACUUUGUGCCCAGUGGGACGGAUCCUUUACAAAGGAGAGAACCUACAUAUUCCAACCCUGGAAAGUGGAGGAAAGUUAGUAAGGGAGCUCGCUGACAGCCUGGCCAAUAUACAAGCAGCGCUUAUGGUAGAUGUUCUCAAUGGUGGACAAUUGGGUGCCAACUGCUGGGCAGUUUUCACCACACGCUGGAGUGCUUUGCGGUCCAAUACGGGACAAUUACCAUACCACACUGAGAUGCAGUUGCAUGGACGUGAAGAGAGUGACUGGACCUGCGUGGUGGUGUGAGGCUUGGAGCAUUUUUACAAGCAGUCCGACUGAAGGCUUGAGUAACUGGACAAGUGCCAAGUUUCACAACAGCUCCGACUCCUCUUCAGCGGUAUUAAUGUCAUGGUGAAGGAUUGCUGACCUUUAGCAUUCAAUAGAGUGAAGCACAAAUCAGUUUGCAAAGUAUACCCGAUUUUCACUUGUGUUCAGUAGAGCAGUUUUAUAUCAGGCGGAGGCACUGGCAAGAACUGCCUUCUCACUGGUUCUGAUUUUGUUUUGCUGACGAGCCUCAGCAUGUUCCCAUUCUCACUUCUCUAGUUCAGUGGCUCUGUAUGGUGUGCCUCCAAGUCACAACUGUGUCAUCAUCUUUGGCACACGAGGCGUAGCUCAUACCUGGUAACUAAGUUGCCCUUUUUGUCUAUCAGUCAACUCUACUGUACAAGAAAAAAUAGUGUGCCAGCCUUUAAUAAAUGGAGUUAGUGAAAUGGGAGAUAAUAUCCACAUCAAACAAUAAAGGUCAAGACUUGAGGUCAACAUGGCAUUGUUUAGGCUUGUAAACUCCUACAUUCCUCUAAGUCAAGGAUUCCCUACCUUUUUUAUGCCAUAGACCCCUACCAUCAACCAGGGGGCCAUCGAUCUCAGGAUGGGAAUCCCUGCUCUCAGCCAUGUUGCAUUAGUAGCAGUGACUCAUAUAUUGUGUUCCAAAAGUAAAAUUGUAAGAGUUGAAAUGCCAAAUAAUAGAUUUCUACAGAUUACACACCAAACUGAGACGCAGUUGACAUCAUGUGAACAUUUAAUAAUUUACACACAACCUUUGGUAAUUUUCUGAUGCCAUUAAAUCGAUGCAAAGUAAACCAUGGUUUUUAAAAUAUAAGACACACUGUAAAUGAUAUGCUCUGUAUUUGUUCUUCUGGUGUAUUUAUUCUCAAUUCUUUUGAUCCUUGCAAAGAUGAUAGUUUGGGAAGAUAUUCCUGGCUUGGUAUGCUGAACAUGCUAAAUAGAAAAACAUGCCUUAGAUUCUGCCUCUGCAGUCAAUUCCAUUGACUUCAGUCGAACGAGCUUUGGAGAUCAAGUAGCAGCACAUUUACCAAUUCUCACGAGCAGCAAGUUCCUGAACAUGUGGGUUUAAGUGUUAAUGCAUGGUGUUGAUCGGGAUAACAUAUAGCCUAGAUUCAAUUACAUAGAUGUCAAUCAAUUUUGUUUUAAGGUAAAUGUUUUAAGGGAUUUGGAACCAAGGGAGGUUAAUGGACUCAAAUUGCAGGGGGAAAGUGUCAUUUUGGUACAAACUCCAGGACCUGUUCCUUUUUACACAUUUAGGGUUAUACAGCAGCCAAUCCUGCAGCUUCUAAUCGAAUUCAGUUUCACCAAAUGAUUUAAUAGAAUUUUAAUUCAUGGCUUCAGGAUUGCAAAUUUACCAUCCUUUUGUACUGUUCUAACGUAAAUUAAAUGAUAUCCUUUCUAACUUUGGCUUGACUUGAGGGAAUGAUUCUGGUGUACACUCCGGACAGGGUGUUGUGUGGAAGUACUGUCAUACCACACUAUUGUAGAACCAGUAAACUGCUAUUCCCUUACACAUGUCACAGUAGUCCUCAAUACAUAAUAUACAUACAUAUUUACAGUACUAUGCACAUGUAUAUAGUUAAGGUGCCUAAUACCUUUGAACAGGAUUCAGUACAAAUACCAAUAUUGUGACAGAAACUACCAAAACAAGGCCAAUAUCAGAGCUUCAUUAAUGUGGUCACAGCCCAGAAACAUAUAUGAGGAAUGAUUUUUGAAUGAGAUAUUAAACUGAGGGAACAAAAAGCAAAAAACAAUAUAGAACUGCGGAUAUUGAACAUCUGAAAGUAGAAAAGGUUUUGACUCUAAAUUUUAGAGAGAGAUGGGGCCAAACAUGGCAAAUGGGAUUAACUUAGAUGGGGCUCUUGAUCAGUGGACCAGUUGGCCGCUGUAUGAUUCAAUGAAUCUAUUAAAUCAGAAAAUGCUGGAAACACUCAGCAGGUCAGGCAGCAUCUGUGGAGAAGAAAUUAGUUAUCCAGUUUACAAUUCUUUUUUGGUGGUGGACUUUCAUCGGUUGUGUUCCUGUCUCCACAGAGAGACUGUUUUGCAUUUGUCCCAUCAAAUGGGAGUAAAAGAAUUUUCAGUACAACACCAAGAAACCUGCCUGCUUUCCUAGCCAAUAUAUAGCAUCUGAAUGAUAUCUCAAAUUGUGUGGGCAUCUGCCUCAAUAGUGCUUGCGUUGUCAACUUAUGGGCAAACUGUAAUUCCCUACAUUACUCCAGUGACCACAUUGAGGGACCUCAUUGGCUUUGAAGUGUUUGGGGACCUGUAUUUAUACAGCAAAAGCACUGGAUAAGUUCAGCCUCUAUUUUCUGUUUGAGACCUGUGUUUACAAGGAAGAGGACCUGGUACUUGCGGUGAGGUCUUGAGGAUUCUGCACCAUGCCCACGUAACAGAUUACUUUGUAUAGAGCUAACUAUGUGCAGUGCUUCGAUGCAAAUUUUACUGUUGUUUAUAUUCCUGGCCGCAGAAUAACACAAUAAAAAAAAAUACUUGUUGUGGAAUCUGUUUCACUGUC